AUGGCAAUAACAUUAUGGGGGGAUUUAAUUAAAGAUUAUCAACAAUUAUACGAAAAUAAAGAAAAUUAUGAUGUUAUUAUAUAUACAGGAGAAGAUAAUAUAGAACUUUACGCACAUUCUAUUAUACUUUGUUGUAGGUCUGAAUAUUUUCGAGCAGCAUUUUCAUCGAAUUGGGCCGAAAAAAAAGAUGGUAUAUUUAUUUUAAGGAAAUCUAAUAUAUUACCAGAUAUUUUUGAAAUUAUUCUAAGAUUUGUUUAUUAUGGGACAAUUAAUUUAUUUGAAUUGAAAGGAUCUGAAAUAUUAAAAUUAUUAAUAGCUUCAGAUGAACUUGGAUUAGAUAAACUUACAAAAUAUACUCAAGAAUUUUUGAUUAAACAUCAAAGUGAAUUCCUUAAAAAUGAUUCAAUUGAAAUUUUAAAAUUGAUUUAUCAACAUGAAACGUUUACAGAAUUAUGGAAUUUUUCAUUGGAUGCAUUAUUUGAAGAACCGGCAGUAAUUUUUGAAUCCCCGGAUUUUUUCAAAUUAUCAGAAACAUUAUUAGAAUCUCUUUUAAAAAGGAAUGAUUUAUUAUUGGAUGAGACAAUUAUUUGGAAUAAAAUAAUAAAAUGGGGACUUUCACGUGAUGAAACAAUUGAUAAUGAUGUUUCAAAAUGGACUCAAAAUGAUUUUAAUAAUAUGAAACAAAUAUUACAUAAAUUUAUACCUUUAAUUAGAUUUUAUGAUAUGACAUCUGAAGAAUUUUAUAAAUCAGUUGUUCCAUAUAGAGAUUUAUUACCUUCUGAAUUAUUUUUGGAUAUUUUAAAAAUUCAUAUGGUAUCUGAUGCUAAACCGAAUGUUGAAAUUCCUCCAUCAAGAAAUCCGAAGCGUUUCACUUUAAAUUCAACGCUAAUAAAUGAAGAAAAUUUAAAGAUUUUAGCGGGAUGGAUUGAAUUAAAGGAUACAAAGAAAUAUUCUUAUAGGUUUAAUCUUUUAUAUAGAAAUAGUCAAGAUAGUUAUGAUGGAUCGGAUGUUGCAUCAUUUCAUGAACAUUGUGAUAACAAAGGUCCAACAUUAAUGAUAGCAAAAAUUAAAGAUAAGGAACAUUUAUUUGGUGGUUAUACUCCAUUAAAUUGGGAUUGUAGUGAUAUUUAUAAAUCUAGUUCAGAAAGUUUUAUUUUUUCUAUUACUACUAAUAAUAAUAAUAUAAAAACUGCUAAAUUAGGACGAAUAAAAAAUCCUCAACAUUCAAUAUUUUGUUAUUGUGGUUAUGGACCUACAUUUGGUGGUGGUCAUGAUUUUGUUUGUCAAAAUUAUGGUAUUUGGUUGGGAAAUAAUCCUUAUUCUUAUUCUCAAAUUAAUAUACCAAAAGGUCAAUUUAAAGUAGAUGAUUACGAAAUUUUUCAAAUUAUUAAAAAAGAAUUACUUUGA